AUGAGUGUAGAGAAAGAUAUGAUGGAUUACAUUGGUACUACUUUGUUAAAGAUAAUGGAUAGGUUUGAUUCAAUACAGUCAUGCUGUAAUUUAACUAAUGAGCUAGAAAACAAUAAACUGACUUGCACUGAUCUAGAUCCACCUCAAAUGGUCAAUCUUAUACCAAGUCACCUAAAUUAUGGUAUAAGUUUCGGUAUAGAUUGCAGUCAAGCUAUACAUGCUGAAUCUUUAGGACGUGAAAGUAUGCACAAAAUAUUGGGAGCGAAUAUAACAGCCAUAGAGACUCAUAGAACUUCUUACUCAAAUAAGCCAAGACGAAAUUUGGAAGUCAUUGAAGAAAGAAUUAUUGAAGAAGAGAAUGUUUCAGAGACAAAGGAUACUGGAACAAUUCACUUUGCCGUAAAUUAA